AUGUCCAUACUGUGGAUCACCUGACUCAGGACAGCCCUGCAAAUCAGGGCAGACAUGUGUGGCAAGUUCUUACCACCAGCAGCAAAAUACCAUCCAACGAGAGAACUGACUUAAUGGAAAAAAACAAUUUGCACUCAAUUCAUUGUUUGAACCAUAGUAUCAAAAAUGAAAACAAUUCAGCGAUGAUGCCUGAGGACUUUACUAUACAUAGGACCAUGAUGAUCCCUGGUGAGCCUCAUGAAGGGCAUGCUAGAGAGAACGAGGAGGUUUUUAGUAGAAUGAGGGAACCCAUCAAGUAUCCUGAGCACCUUAGUCACCAGGUGAUUCAGAACUUUCAACAGCCUUUUGAAUUUUGUGAACAAGGAAAAGUCGUGAGUGAAGAAAUAGUAUUUACACCUAGAGGAGCCCUUCUGGAAGGGAUUGUCCGUAAAUGCAAUGAGUGCAGGGACACCCGUGAUGAGGUGCCUUUCGUUGUCCGAGACAGAACCCAAGGAAGACAGACUCCCUGCAGUUGUAAUGAAAAGGGGAGAGCAGCGGAGAUGACUCCAGUUCAUUUGAAUCCUCCUAGGUAUCUUGAACAUAAGCAGCAGAAAUGUUGUGAAAGUGGGGCCAGUCUCAGAAAAACAUUUCACACCUAUCCGUGUGAGAGUACCCAGUUAGGAAAGAAUAAUUUGGGAUAUAAGAGAUAUGGUGAAGCGGCCUCUAAAACCUCUGUUCUGACUGAACAUCAGAAAACACAAGCAGACGAUCAACCUGAUGAGUGUGGGGGCACCGCUGAGAUUUCCUUACAGAGGGGAUACCAGAGAAAUCUCACUGCAGUGAAGUUGUUUGGCUCUAACGAUUAUGUGAAAACUUACUCAUGGAAGACUGCCCUCACUUUACAUCCACAAUCUCAAACGGGAGUGAAGCGCUACCCGUGUCAGGUGUGUAAGACAACUUUCAGGUGGAAACCUGCUUCUAGUGUCCAUCAGAGAACUCAUACAAGGGAGAAACCCUAUGAAUGUCAGGCGUGCAGUAAAGUGUUCUCCUGUAAGUCAGUUCUUGUUCUACAUGAGAGGACUCACACUGGAGAGAAAUGCUAUGAAUGUGAAGGGUGUGGGAAAGCUUUUUCCAGGAAGGCUCACCUUACUGAGCAUCAGAGAAUUCACACUGGAGAGAAGCCUUACGAAUGUCAAGAGUGUAGGAAGACUUUCCUCUGGAAAUCAUCCCUCAGUCUCCAUCAGAGAAUUCACACUGGAGAGAAACUCUAUGAUUGUGAAGGGUGUGGGAAAGCUUUUUCUAGUAAGGCACACCUUAUUAGACAUCAGAGAAUUCACACUGGAGAGAAACCCUAUGAAUGUGAAGGGUGUGGUAAAGCUUUUUCCAGUAAAUAUUACCUCAGUGAGCAUCAGACAAUUCACAGUGGAGAGAAGCCUUAUGAAUGUCAAGAGUGUAGGAAGACUUUCCCCUGGAAAUCAUCCCUCAGUAAACAUCAGAGAAUUCACACUGAAGAGAAGCCUUAUGAAUGCGAGUGUAGGAAGACUUUUCUCUUGAAAUCAAACCUCAAUAAACAUGACAGAAUUCACACUGGAGAGAAACCCUAUUAUUGUGAAGAGUGUGGGAAAGCUUUUUCUAGGAAGUCAUCCCUCAGUCUCCAUCAGAGAAUUCACACUGGAGAGAAACUCUAUGAUUGUGAAAGGUGUGGGAAAGCUUUUUCUAGUAAGGCACACCUUAUUAGACAUCAGAGAAUUCACACUGGACAGAAACCCUAUGAAUGUGAAGGGUGUGGGAAAGCUUUUUCCAGUAAGUGUUACCUCAGUGAGCAUCAGAGAAUUCACACUGAAGAGAAGCCUUAUGAAUGUCAAGUGUAGGAAGACUUUCCUGGAAAUCAUCCCUCAGUAAACAUCAGAAAAUUCACACUGGAGAGAAACCCUGUGAUUGUGAAGGGUGUGGGAAAGCUUUUUCUAGUAAGCCACACCUCAUUACACAUCAGAGAAUUCAUAGUGGAGAGAAAUCCUAUGAGUGUCAAGAAUGUGGGAAGGCUUUCCGCCAGAAAUCAUCCCUCAGUAAACAUCAGAGAAAUCACAGUGGAGAGAAGCCUUAUGAGUGUCAAGAGCGUGGGAAAACUUUUUCCAGUAAGCAAGCUCUCACUGGACAUCAGAGAUGUCACUGGACAAAAUCCCUAUGAUUGUGAAGAGUGGGAAAACUUUUCAGGAAGUCAGCCCUCACUAGGCAUGACAAACUCCACACUGGAAGGAAAUGCUAUGAAUGUCAAGAGUGGACAGGCAGGCCUCCCCUGGUGGUGCAGGUGGUUGAGCGCAGCGCUGUGAAGCUGUCCAUGGCCUUUGUGGUGGGAGUUUGAUUCCCUGGCUGGCCAGGAGCAACCCCAUGGUGCGGCAGACCUCUCCUGUCUGGCCCGCUGCGUGUAUUUCAGCAUUGUAUUUCGGUCAGUCUGCCUGUUCUGUUCCCCGCUCUGUCUCUGGUGCAUCCUCUCACCCUCCCACACAUCUGGCCUGUACCCUGGUUCUUGUAUGCUUGAAUAAAUAAAAAUCUUUUAAAAAUAUUCAAAGUUAGGAGCUCAAACCACAUCAUGCAGCUGAGAUCAAUGGGAACUGACAUAGUUUCAAUCUUAAUUGCUUGGAGUUACCUGGUUCACUCUGUUCUCCCAAGUUCAUGCAGUGAUGAUGUCGUUGUUCCUGUUGCCGUUGCUUCUAGUAUCCUC